AUGCCCGGGCCAGCGCAUUCGCCGUAUGUGAGCAAGUACUCACCUCGACCCAGUGCCGAGCACAGAGGGCCAGAAGGGAGCCCAGAGAGCAAUGGAAAGACUGCUUCUGUCCUUCCGGCACCGAAUACCUUCAAUCAAUACAAGCAAAACAAACAGCUCAGUGAGAAGGGUCCGAUGAAGCUGAACCCCAGGGGCGAGAGCGGUCGCCGGGGUAUUCACCCAUGGCAUUUUCUCCGUAUCUGCUUCCGAUCUGCGAGCAAAGCCAGCACACUAUGCAAUUUGCUCUGGCCAUUCGUCCCAGCUGCUCUGGCGGUGCAAUAUAGCCUGGAGGGGAACCACGUCCUCAAGUUCUCGCUCUUGUACGUUGCCAUGGUCCCCUGCGCAAAUCUUGUAGGCUUUGCCGGACAGGAGCUUGCGCAAAAGAUGCCCCAUGUGUUUGGCGUGCUUACCGAAAUCACUUUUGGUUCGAUUGUCGAGAUUAUCCUUUUCGUCGUGCUCCUUGUCAGAGAUCAGUUCUACGUCAUCAAAGCUGCCAUUCUGGGUUCCAUCUUGGCAACCAUGCUCCUGUGCCUCGGUUUCUGCUUCUUUGUUGGAGGUCUCAAGCGAGUCGAACAAACCUUCAGUGAUGCCAUCAGCGAAACAGGCAGCGGCUUGCUCCUUACUGCUGGCGCUGUGUUGUCUGUCCCAACUCUGUUCAGACUCGGCUUGAGCGAAUACGGUCUUGACGAAGAGCACCUGAACGCUGACACCUUGAAUAUCUCUCGGAUUAUCGCCGUCUUGCUGAUUAUCGCCUACGCUGUCUUCGUGUAUUUCCAAGUUCGCACGCACCACGGUAUUUAUGAUGCCAUUUUCGAAUACGACGAGCACCGCGACGCCGACAAAGCCAAAGACAUGACCAAGGAUAAGCUCACUCUCACCGAGUGCAUCAUUUCUCUAGCCAUAUCCCUUGCACUCGUCACUGUGAUUUCCAUCAAUCUCGUUCUCGAAAUCCACCAUGUCAUCACAGAAUCGAGCGUCUCUGACCCUUUCAUGGGCCUAAUAUUGGUUCCUCUCGUGGAAAAGUUUGCCGAGCAUCUGACUGCCAUAGACGAAGCGUGGGAUAACCAGAUGAACUUUGCCCUGUCUCACGUCCUCGGCGCUACAAUUCAGACCACGCUCUUCAACGGGCCCUUGAUUGUCAUUAUAGGCUGGGGCUUGAACAGAUCCAUGGACUUGCAGUUCGAAAUCUUCAACUUGGCCAUGCUGAUUCUCGCCAUCCUCACUGUGGGAAGGUUUUUGCAGGACCAGAAGAGCGACUACCUCGAAGGAUUCCUUUGCGUGACGCUUUACGUCGCUAUUGCUGUGUCGGCCUGGCACUACCCCAACCCUGUGAGCACCCACUGA